AGCAUUUUAAUGACCCCAUAAUUCAAUUAACCGCCUCCAUCAGUUCCAUCAUUGAUUUGUGGAAGAAGAAGGAAAAAAACUGCUGAAAGUUAAAUUCUGCAAAGUAGAGCCGGCCUGUAAUUGCUCAAGACACAGAGAACGGAGGGAAGAGAGGGUGGGGAGGCUGGGCUGAGGUGGCCGUGUAUAAAUAGUGUGCUCUGAAAUACACAGUCACAACAGCAGGAGUGAUUUCACCUCCUCUCCACCCCUUCCAUCUACUGCUGCUGCUGCUGCUGCCAGACUCCACACACGAAAUAAAUAAAUAAAAGACGAAGAAGAAGAGCGGCGUGUUCGGUGAGGUGCUUUUACGCAGAGAAUUCACGCUGGAUUUCCCCGACCAGGACCACUGCUGAGCCAUCAUGGAAGAACUUACGGCAUUCGUGUCGAAAUCGUUCGAUCAGAAAAGCAAGGAGAGCAGCAAAGAGAGUAUCACGUACAGGGAAGUUUUGGAGAGCGGCUUGACGAGGGCGAGGGAGCUGGGCAGCCCGGAGACAAACCUGCAGGACAUAACGGACAGCAACCACUGCCCCGUGCAUCUGUUCAAGGACCAUGUCGAGUUGGAAAAAGAGAAACUGAAGGACUUUAGUGUUUCAAGAGCGACAGAGGGGAUUUACGAGUGCAAGGAGAAAAAGGAGGACGUCAAGUCCGAGGACGAGGACGCGCAGGGCAAACUGAAGCAGCGGCGGAGUCGCACGAACUUCACCUUGGAGCAGCUCAACGAACUGGAGCGGCUCUUCGACGAGACGCACUACCCGGACGCGUUCAUGAGAGAGGAGCUGAGCCAGCGGCUGGGACUGUCUGAGGCCAGAGUACAGGUUUGGUUUCAGAACAGAAGAGCGAAAUGUCGAAAACAAGAAAACCAGAUGCACAAAGGAGUCAUUCUGGGCAGCGGCAGUCACCUUGACGCAUGCAGAGUAGCCCCCUACGUCAACAUGGGCGCCCUCCGGAUGCCUUUCCAGCAGGUUCAAGCACAGCUCCAAUUGGACGGAGUUACCCACACCCACCCUCACCUGCACCCUCACCUGGCUGCUCACGCUCCCUACCUGAUGUUCCCGCCCCCUCCCUUUGGACUACCAAUCGCGUCGCUGGCGGACUCGGCCUCCGCGGCGGCAGCCGUGGCAGCGGCCGCCAAAAGCAACAGCAAGAACUCCAGCAUCGCCGACCUGCGACUCAAGGCAAGAAAACACACGGAGGCUCUGGGACUCUGACCCCCACCGGGCUGCCCCUCUGCUCGCCUGAUGCCCAUAAUCGUCUCUCACACAAGACUGAGCCUGUGAAAGGGCCGUGACACUCACAGCUAAAAAAACUAAGACAAACAAAAACACUGAGGGAGAAUGAAACACAUACAGAGGAGGGGGACAGGGAGUGUGUGUGAGAGGAAAGGGAAGAAAAGAAAGAGAAAGAAGUCACAAAACCAGCUGCCAAAACAAACCACUUGUAGAGCACGGUCAUUAAAUACCAAUGAAAUCACCUUUUACUUUUCGCCCAACAGGCAGGACUUCUGCGGAGCCAGUGGCUCAGUCCACUCCAGGCACAGAUCACAUCCCAAGGACCGUACAAACACAUGUGGAUGUCUGUCUGAGACCAGAGGACAUUAGAACAAAGUGACAGGCAGCAGCGGGCCCAAUAGCAGCGGCUGGCUGGCUGUCUGUCUGUCUGGCUGCAGAGGGUUGAGUUUGGGGAAACAGAACCACACCUCAGCAUUGGAGGCAUUGGAAUGGCUCUCACCUUCACCUCCCCCCCACCCGCCCCGCCCGUGCUCAGUAGAAACACAUUAAGCAAAGGCCAUACUUGUUUCCAAACACUGUGUUCCCCGCAAGUGCAUGAGCUCUCACGGAGGACCACUCUGGGACUCUCCAUUCACAGCCCAAGUAAUCGUUCAGCUCCUCUUUUGAACACUGCCAUUCAGAGUCUCCUUAGCAGUCUCUACUGUAACAAAAACCCACAAAUCCUUUUUAUUCUGUUUUUGGCUUCGGAGUGGAAAGACAUUACAGCUGGGUUUGUGUUGGCGAGCCGCUCUUCUCCUCACAGCAUACUCUCCGAUCCGUCACGGCUACCCGAUUGGUCCCCGCAUGCGUAAACGUGACGUCACUUCCUGUUUGAUGACAAAAUGGUGACGAUUAAGCAAUUGGAGUUACUCUUUAUACUUUGUACAUUUUUUUUGUUCCAAGAUUGUAAAACAUGAUUAAAAAAAUUUAAGUAAAAAGAGAUUAGCUGCCACUAGCAUUUUCUCAACCGUUUUGACUGUCCGAACCAUUUAAAUAGCAGAUAACCUCGUGUUCACACGAAUUUUUGUUUGCCUCAACAACAGAGAGCUUUCCCCAACUGAAUUACGAUGCUCCUAUAAAAAUAUUGUCGUUACAGACAAUAAAAAUCUCGAUACGUGAUUUCAUGCAAACCACAUGGCUUGGAGUCAUUACUCUGUUGCUACCUGAUACUAGCGCAUGUCCGUCAUCUACAAAUGGAAGAGGGUUGGCGCGAAAUGCUAUAGCAGUGCAAAUCUCACAAAUCUUCCUCCAGGUUUUUCUUUCACAGCUCUAUUCUGAUACAUGAAAGACUUGGAGUCACAGAAAUCCGUCAUGAUCAGUUUUCAAACUUUUGAAACCUAUAGCUACCAAUAUCACUACCAAAACCAAGUCUCUCAUUGGUCAAAGUUCAACGUGUUUAACUUUCAAUGUGCGUUAUUAACAUUUAAUGUCAAUGGCGGUGCGCUUUAAAAAAAAAAAAAAAAAAAAAUGAAAAUGGACUUGAAAUGAGCAUGAACAAACGUUUACACACGUUUUGCUCGAAACGAUUGCUUGAACACGCAUUUCGCUAGUGUGAACGCAGCAUUACACUGAGGAGAUGCCCCCGAGCUGUAGCCAUUUUUACAGCCAAAUUAAUCGUGAAUACUGUCUUUUGUUAACUGAGUCAAUAAAGUUUUGGUAUCCUUGUACACUGAAGAGUAUUAAAUCAAACAGAAGAAGAAAACAUUUGCACAUUCGCCCCAAUCAAUACCUUUUCUUUCAUUUUUAUCAACAUUAAGAUAAACGUCUUAAUUACAGUCAACAUUUUAAGAUACAAUUAUUGUUAUUAGCAUCUCAAGAGAUACUCUGCCCGGUUAGUGCAGUAAAAUACUUUAGCAGAAGUAGAGGAAUUUUCAUGCAUGUGGGGACAGAUCGGGUAGCUGUUACCAAUCGGGUAGCGACACCGUCACUCUCUGUUUCUUUCUCGUUGUGUUGUAUCUUGGGUAAAGAAGUGAAGAUAGCCUUUGCACUUCAGGUCUUGUAUGUGAGUGUUUACAAGUGGCACUACAAGCAGAUACUACUUUACUAAUUAAAGGGGGGGGAGCGGGAUUUGAUAUUGUCAUGUGAUUGAUGAAAGGACAAUAUCUUGGAUAAAAGGGUACAAAGGGGAUCUUUUUCUUUCUUCUUUUUUUGUAUUUCUGGAAAAAAAAUGAAGAAAACAUCAGUCAAACUGAAAUGCAAUGGUGUGCAGUUUAAGUGCAAUACUGUAAAUAGAAAAAAAAAGUAAAAACAGCUAGCAGUUAAUCCUCGUUGAUAAGAAGACCCAACGACAAAGAUUUUGUUUUGGAUUCUUUUUGGUUGUUGUUUGUUAUGCACUAUUGGGAUAUGACAUUUCUUUUUUUUUUCUACAGCGGUUUAGGUUUUGUUAUGUUGGACAAAAGUCACAUAAAACCAGGUGCCAUAUUUCAUGAAUUAACAUGUUCUCUGACCGUUUUAUUUGUAUCCGUCCGGCACAGUUGUCAUGUUUUGAGCAAAACAAGAGCACAUUUUUGGAUGCUGCAGGAAUUAUGUUAAAACAAAACUCCAAAUGAUACUAAAAUUCUAACUUUGCUUCAGAUUUUGGAAAAAUUUGCCAAGAAAAGAGAAAAAAAUCUUGAAAUAAGCCAGUAUUUACCACACAGUCUUCAAUUUGACAAAUUUAAUGGAUUGAAACUCUUACAUUUUUUCAGUAAAAAUUGGAUCAAAAAGCCUGAAUCGAAUUAUGGUUUGUGAAACAUUUUCAAUGCUGCUGCAACAUCCAAGCAGCACUUUUGUUCAGGUCUGAAUACCUCUGUCUAAAAUUCAAAAUUUUCUGUACUCACAGACCUCCACACAAAAGGUUUAUCUAUAUGUCUCCAUUUUAAAUUAAACCUAUGGGUGUUUUAUUUAUUAUUUUGUCUGAAAGUUUAUGAAAUAUGAACUAAAAGUGUACAUUUUUACAUGGCUUGGCAUUUAUUUUUGUAUGUUUUCUUUUAAGUGUUGACUUUUAAUUAGGAGGUGUGGCUGUAGUGCAUUGUUUUUCCAAAAAAAAAAAAAAAAAGAAAAAAAAGAAAUAAAUGUAGCGUGUCCGAGUUUACAAAACAUUUCAGGGAUGAUUGAAUUGAACAAAAGCUUCAUAAAGAUUUGUUGUACCCAUUAAAAAGAUGACCAUUUCAUAUGCAAGCAUGCCGAAUUCAUCAUACGGUUGUUUUUUCCCCCCUCGCCCUUUUGAUUAAUAAAACAUGAAUGUACAUCUUGUACAAGUAAACUAUCAAUAAAGUUAUAAAUAUUUGUA